CAAGUCGUCCUCGGACGCACCACCUUCAGCAUGUCGGUUGCUGCGAAUCGCCAGGGGAAGAUGCAAAAUCUGAUCAACUAUCGGAUGAAGGUUACUCUCCAAGAUGGUAGGCAAAUGGUUGGACAAAUGCUUGCUUUUGACAAGCACAUGAACCUUGUUCUUGCCGACACCGAGGAAUUCAGACGCACGCGACGGAAGGGAAAGGCUGCACCAGGCGCAGCUCAGACAAUUACCGAGACCGAAGAACGACGCGCAAUCGGCCUGACCAUCAUUCGUGGUGCACAUGUCAUUUCUCUCUCCGUUGAUGGACCGCCUCCCGCAGACCCUGUCGCAAGGCUAGGAACAGCUUCAACUGCGCCAUCCACGGUAGCGACUCUCACAACCGGCCCUGGAGUCGCUCGUCCUGCUGGUCGAGGCAUCCCGGUUGGAUUGACCGGCCCUGCCCCCGGUGUUGGUGGUGUCGGUGGAUUCGGGCCUCCUGGCGGCUUCCCUCCCAGUUUCGGAGGCCAACCUUUCCCGGGUCGCGGUGGACCUCCUGGACCUUUCCCACCUGGUGCUCCCCCAGCCGGUUUUGGCGGUGGACCACCACCUCCAUUCGGCGGACCACCGGGCUUUGGUCCCCCUGGCGGCAGAGGCGCGCCACCUCCAGGGUUUUCUAGAUAG